AUCACGGGAGAGCGUAUGGAGUGCGUGCGAUCUCAGACGGAGAGAUUCCUCGGCUCCUGAGUGGAUUGUGACGCGUGUCUGAGUGUAAUGUCACGCGCGGUGGGGCUGCGUGUCUGGGACAGGUGUGUCACCUGUGGCUGUGAACAGAGGGAAUGGGCACGAGCAGCAACGUGCCGAUGAAACGUAUCGCUUUCCUUGAACCUCGCUGUUGUUUUCCGAUCAGAAGCGUGUUUGGAUAGUGCAGCGGUCGGGCCAAGCCGGUGACUUUUGACUAUUGAUUGAUCGCGAACGGGUCGUGACGCCUUUGGAACGGGUGAAGACACGCAAACCACUCCCUGAGCACUGGACGCGGAGCUCUCUUUUUGAUUGUGCAUCCAGUGUGAACGGGAUUGUGCGCGGUUCUGACGCAUUAGCGAACCUGGCUGCGGUAUGUGCGAGACGGUGAUGGCCGUGUCUCAGCUGGACAUCGAGCCUCAUCCACCGGAGAACGGCUUCGUUACCCCCGAAACUAAUAUAUCGCCCGAUUUGCUCUCGCGGAUCGACAGCGGCGUUUUGCCGAGCGUGGGCGGCUUCGGGAGAUUUCAGAAACAGCUGAUCGUCUUAACAUGGAUCCCGGCCAUGUUCAUUGGCUUCAGCCAAUUUUCGGACAGUUUUCUCCUGGCUGAGCCAAAGACUUGUGCGCAAGUGCAGCGGAAUAACAGCGAUCCUUCACUCAAUGUUACGCAGGCGAUAUUAAAUAUCAGCCUCAAUAAUGCAAGCAACUCCGCUAAUGCGUCAUCACAAUGCAUCUGUACGCAGUCGGGAUGCGAACUGGAAAUCGGACUAGAGCAAAAUGUUGUCACAAAGUGGAACCUAGUGGGUGACUCUGCCUGGAUGGUUCAUAUUGCCAAAUUCUCUCUGUUGGUGGGCUCCAUCUUUGGAUACUUGGUGUUGGGAGUUCUGGCAGAUUGGUGUGGACGACACCCGGUCCUGAUCCUGUCCGUCAUCUUCAUGUUCAUUUUCGGCAUGACGGUGGCCUUCUCCGUCAACGUCCCGAUGUUCAGCACCCUGCGCUUCUUUGAGGGCUUUUGCUUAGCAGGAAUCACGCUCUCGCUCUAUGCUCUGAGGAUAGAGCUGUGUCUGCCGGGAUGCCGUUUCUCCAUGACCAUGGUGGCAAACUUCGUGGCAUUAGCGGGGCAGUUGCUCAUGCCGGGACUGGUAGUCCUCUGUCGUGAUUGGCAGGUUCUGCAAGCAGUCGUAAUCUGCCCUCUCUUACUCAUGCUGUCCUAUAUCUGGAUUUUUCCGGAGUCUCUGCGCUGGCUGCUUGCGACGCAGCAGUACAAUCGCUCCAAAUGGAUCAUGGAGCGCGUCGCCAAGAAGAACAACAUCAACCUAGAGGAGGACGCAGAGGAGCUCAUGACAGAGCUAAACCAAGCCCUGCCAAAGCAAGCCAAGAAGACAUGCAUUGUGAAGAUGGUUGGCACAAGGAACCUGUGGAAGAAUAUAGUAGUGCUCUGCGUCAACUCACUGACAGGUUACGGGAUACACCACUGCUUUGCACGCAGCCUGACGGAAGACCAGCCGACCUCCAUCUUCUCUAAUUUCUAUGCCAAAUACUACACCAUGGGGGGCACUGCUGUGGCAUCGUGUGUGGCGCUCUGCCCUGCCGUGGGCGUGAUGGGGCGGCGCGGGGGACUCCUCAUGUUUAUGAUCAUCACAGCCCUGGCCUCUCUCCUUCAGCUCGGCCUGCUAAACUUGGUGGGGAAGUACAGUGUUCACCUGAAUAUUGACGACUCUGGUACACUGAACUCCAACUUUUCAAUGGCUUUCUCCAUCAUUGGCAUGUUCUCCUCCCACGCUGUCAGCAACCUAAGCAUCUUUUUUUGUGCUGAAAUCACCCCAACUGUGAUUAGGGGUGGCGGUCUAGGCCUCGUCCUGGCCAGUGCUGGUUUUGGCAUGCUGACGGCACCCAUCAUGGAGCUGCAUAACCAGAAAGGCUAUUUUCUGCAUCACAUAAUUUUCGCCUGCUGCACUCUUAUCUGCAUCAUUUGCAUCUUGCUGCUGCCCGAGACUCGCAAUCGACCGCUUCCAGAAACGUUAGCGGACGGUGAAGGCUACACCCGCCAACCGUUACUGCCACCUCGCAAACCGGGCGAGCAACUGCUUCUGCUGACCAAGUCCGAGAGCCGCGAGUAUGCAAGGGUUGGCGACACGCCUCUCCACGAAGCAGCUGCCACUGCUGUUUCCACUAUGGACUCUACUGCCUCAUCCGCCAUCGAUCUUCAGAUGCUCAUUGAUGCCCCCGGCCAGGCAGAGAUAUUCAGUAUGAAGUCAUUGACUUCUACCCAAGAGCCAGAUGAAAUCCAGCAAGAGUAUCCCAGAUCUGCAUCCAUGCCGGGAACCUCUGCCUCAUCCGUAGAGCAUCCUCUCCUUGCCUCUAUCCCAAACACUUCAACCCCAAUCGCUAUCAAUUACAUUCAGACACCUAAACCAGAAUCUCCAGCCGUUCUGCCUUCUUCAACUGUGGAAACUCCUUUGAUCACCGAUCCUUCCCUGGAGUCCCCUACUUCUUCCGAUCUCCAAACUCCUUCGCUUUUAGAUAUAGGUACACCAGCUGCUGAAUUCCCCUUGACUGUUGCUAAUGAUUUCAACAUCCUAACUGAAGUGGGCUCUGCAGGUCCCACCCAAACCUUUCCUCUCUGCACAUCCACUGGACAAUCACCCACGCCGCCUUUAAACAACAUCCCCCCCUCUUCCUCAAUAGACUCUUCCGUUCACCUAGUCACUGAAAUUCUGCCCUCUUCCCCAACAGAACUGUCUUUACCACCAAUAUCGGACCAGUCUGGUCAAGUUAAUGCCAUCCCAACUCAAUCCUUUUCUUCGCCCAUAGAUCCCGGCAUUCCAUUGUUACAUUUAGUCGCCCAACCUGCAAUUAACUCCAUAGAAUCUGGCCCCCCUUCACCAGCCGUAUUGGAGCCAACGUUAAGUAAUGGUACCACUCUUCUUGCCAAUGUGGGUUCAGCUGCACCCCAUGCCACAACCACUGACUCUGUUACAGAAUCCAGCCACCCACUUAUGACGAACUUGACAGUUUCCUCACCUAUUGACUCAGGUACACCUUCAGACGUUGACUUGCCCAUCACAGAAACCAACACUGCCAAUGGGGAGACGUCUUCAUGACGGACACGUUCACUCUAUAAGACUUGGUGGGCAGCCUUAUUAUCAAGAAGAAAUUCUUGUCGUGGGGGCUCAUGCCAGUCAUUGUUAGAAGUAUUUUUAUUUUCAAGCAGCCAUGACCCAAGAAUGGCAAUGCAAGGAGAAGGUAUAAAAGGAUUUGACUGAAAGGGAACAACCAUAAGGGUCGAUGCUCAAAGGGUUUUUACUCUCCGUUGGUUUCAAUGACUUAAACCUCCUUCUUAGGGGCCGUUCACACAGAGCGCGUUUUUCUAUUCCAAAACGCUAUUUUCCAUUGUUUUUCUAUGUAAACACAGUUGACGGAUGUGUAUGACGCGUCUCGCACAUGAUUUUUGGCGUUAUUAUGGUAGGACAGUUAUUAGACAGGAAGCAAAGUGUGGGAGAGAGAGGGGGACGGGAUUGGGAAAGGUCUGUGAGCCAGGACUCGAACUCGGGAUGCCCGAAGCGCAAUGGCGCUAUCUGUCGGCGUGCUGCCCACAAGGCUAUUGGCGCCGACUAUCGCCACAUUCUUAAGAUGUGGUGUCAAAAGAAUUUCAACUUUUACACACAGUGCCGCUCAUCAAUGUCAGUUCCAAAACAUCGGACCAAUCAGACGACCCUGGAGGCGGGGCAAGAGUUGCAAGCUUUUGUUGACAGUAAGUUGGCAUGGCAAUUGUUUAAUUUGACAGAAAAUGGUGCAGCGCAGAAUGCCUCCUCCGAAAUGUUUCCAAGUUUUUAGAUGUAAAGACGCAUUCUGUGUGAACGGCCCCUUACGGUGGUGCCAGUAACUGCUUUUUGGGCAGCUAGAUCCAAAUUCCCAUGUGUUAUCAUUGCGCUUGUGUUAUUAUGAACACUUAAGACCAAUGGUGACAAGUUCCCACUCUGGAAUUUGAUAUAGUCUAGUAAUUACUGAUAUCUGCUUGUUUGAUUGUGAUGAACAACAGGUAGGAUCACAUUAGUCAAAUGGGAUUAAUUCUCUCAUUUUCUCUCAAUCAUUUGACUCUAUUAAAUUUUGCGAUAUUCAGGUGGGAAUACGGCAUCUGUGAAGUCCAGUAUCAAAGGGAAUUUCUCAAAAGUCCAAACACUGUAUAUUUAACACUGGGAAUGUUUGCCAAUGUGUCUUGAAGUGGAAGGCAAAUACCUCUAUGAAUUAGGUGUCGAAGAAACACCAGUUUCUGUGUUCAAAAGAAUAAGUGCAGACAGAUAUGCAUAUUUCAAAACCUGAUGUAAAAUAGACACUACACAGAGACUGCUCAAAAUGGUAUUUGUGUGGUAUGUUUUAUUAAGCUAAUGCUUUUUAAGAUAAUCACUAGAUUCUAAUGGGGAGGGGGG